CGGCAUCGGGAUACCGGGCCAAGAUUGACUCGUGACUUUGGAACGAGCACAUCGCAGGUUACUCUCGAUAUACGACGACUUUGCGAGUUUGGAUAUACGAAGGAAGAAUAAGUUGUAACAAGUGAUUGUUGAAGAUUGAAACCAGUGUUUGAGUAGUGACUAACUUUCAGUUCGGACAAGUUGAUUUUGUUCGCUGCUUAAUAAUUUUCUUGGAUUUUUCGAAAACCGAAGAAAUUUUAAGCUGCAAAAAUGGCUCCCGAUAUUGUCGACGGACCAAUCAAUUUUCCACCACCGAUGAAGGAGGCUUCAACAGCUCCUCUCUUAGUGAUGCCGGAAAUUGGAAAGCAAAUUUCAAUCCUGGAGCCUGACAAAAUUGAAAAGAUCAAAGAGCCCAAAAAGGAACAAUCGUUCAUGUCGUUCUUCCAUCGGAAAGACGUUAAAUGGGGAAACGUUGUAAUGAUCACCAUAUUGCACAUUGUAGCAGCCUACGGAUUUUUGACUGCUCCCUACUUCGAGAAAUGGAAUACUUUUUUGUGGACAUGGUCUAUUGGUAUGAUGGGGGCAUUCGGUAUUACUGGAGGCAUCCAUCGUUACUGGAGUCACAGAGCAUACAAGGCCAAUACUCCAUUGAAAAUCAUCCUAUCAAUUUGCUAUCUUUCUGCUGGACAGAACUCGAUGUACCAAUGGGUUAGAGACCACCGCGUGCAUCACAAAUAUUCCGAAACCGACGCGGAUCCCCACAACAGUCAUCGCGGUUUCUUCUUUUCUCACGUAGGCUGGCUUAUGCUAAAAAAACAUCCUGAAGUGAUUAAGAAAGGCCAGCAGAUUGACAUGAGUGAUAUCGAAGCUGAUCCCGUUGCUGCCUUUUGCGAGAGACACUUUGCCCUGUUGAAAUUGAUGAUCUGCUUUGUCAUCCCCAUCGUAGUGCCGGUUUAUCUCUGGAAUGAAACCUGGUACUGGUCAUUCAUUUUCCAAAUCUGCAGAUACAGCUACGUACUGAACGCUACCUGGAGUGUUAACAGCUUCGCUCAUUUCUUUGGCAACAAACCUUACGACAAGAACAUCGGGCCGGUAGAGAACAAAUUCGUCUCGUACGUGUCGUUCGGCGAGGGCUGGCACAACUACCACCACACCUUUCCGUCGGACUACAGAGCCGCGGAAAUCGGCGGAGGUCGAUUCAAUACGACGACGACUUUGAUCGACUGGUUCGCCAAGCUCGGCUGGGCUUACGACAGGAAGGUACCCUCCGAAUCUCUCGUUAGAAUGACGAUAGAGAAACGUGGCGACGGUACGCACGAUCAUUCGAUGAAGACUGAAUAGCUGUAGUAGUCAAAUUUACUAGAUAUACAAUUAGGAGAGCAGCAAAGAAUAACUCAGGAAUUUAGGAUAAAAAUUGUUGAGGGUGAUAAGAAUUAAUUUUCAAAUUUUAACUUUCAGAACGUAGUCAUUCGUUUUAUGUUUAUUUCGUUACCACAUACGUUUUUGUGCUCUUUGAAGAUCGCAAGCUCAAUUGUUAACAUUUUAGACACAAUGUUUAUCGAUAAGUAGAUGGGAUAUUUAAGACGCAGGUCGUACAAUGAAUGAUAUCCAAUCUAUUCGAAGAAUAUUGCGUCAAUGACUGAUGUACUGUUAAUUAUUAUAUGUUAUUAUUUAAAUUAUGCGAAUUUGAAUGUGUCGUGUGAAUGUUUUAGUAUUAAUUAUGCAAUUUGUUAUGACAUUGACAAAUAAAAUCUUUU